GAUUUGAGAAGAAAAAUAAAAAACAGAUGAUUUGUUUUUCUUUCUUUUUGGUAAAUAAGCUAAUUAAUUGUUGUGUCAAUUGUCAUCAUUUUCAAUUAAAUUUGUUUAAAUCAUGAGUUUUAAUGGUUAACAAUCAAAUGUGAACAUCAAUCAAGUGGAAAUGGAAUCAGAAACUAUUGAAUGUCUUCGGAGUAAACUGAAAGAGUCUGAAAAUCAAAACAAUAAAUUGACAAAUGAAUUGACCAAAUUAAAGAGAUACAACAAAGAUCUGAUUAGUCAAAUUGAUUUGACCAACAGUAAAUUACAUUUACUUCUUGGUGUUUGUAAAGGUCGUGAUGAGAAAUCAAUUCAAACUGAUUUGGUUGGUGAGAGUGGGAAAUGUUCAAAUUGCCUUGAGAUGAUCAAAUCAACUUGUUCUUGUACCACAAUUAAUGAGGACAACAAACAAUUAAAAGCUGCUGAUUGGGCUCAAAUUGCUCAACAAGUUGUCGAUUCCAAUGAUUAUAUUCUCGAACCAACAUCUCAAACCUACUAUUCUCAAUCUACUGGAUGGUAUUAUUAUCCAAAGGAGAAGCUUUUUCUUGAUCCAAAGUCGAAAAGCUAUUACACUUACAAUCAAAACACGAAAAACUAUGAACCUUAUUUAGUUGAACCAGUUGAUGGAAAAAAAGAAUUGAUUGUUAAAGAAUCGGAAGAAGGUGAAUUACUUUCCUCUGGAAGUGAAUCAAGUGAUAAACAAUCAGAUAUUGAAAUCGAAUACGAAAAUGUAAACAACAAAAGGAGGAGAAGGAAAAAAUUGAAACCAGAACAAAGAAGAGAAUCUGAUGAAUUUGAUUCUCUUCCCGAUGACGAAUCAAAUAUUUCUUGUCUUCGUUUAAUUGUCCGAGAAUCAGAAUCAUUGAAAUUAGGAAGUCUCCUUUUAAUUACCAUCACCGGUGCUCUAAUUGGUAACAGUCCAACUUGUGAUCUAACAAUUACCGACAUAAGUGUUAGUAGGAAACACGCGAGAAUUUCAUAUGAUACGAGAAAGAGAUGCUAUCAAAUAGUCGAUUGUUCCAGUAAACAUGGAGUCUUUCUCAAUGGACGAAGAUUAGAAUCAGAGAAAAUGGAGAAAAUCAAUCAUGGUGAUAUUCUUAAAUUGGGCAAGAGUGAAUUUCUACUUCAUCAUCACUACGGAAAAGAGGUGACAUGUAGUAGUUGCGAGCCUGGUUGUGUCCAAGCUGAGCUUCUUUCAGCUGGUAAACUAGUGGAAGAGAAAGAUGAUCCCUUAAUUGUCGAGGAUCGACACACUGCUCUUAAAAGAUUGAAAAAGCUCUAUGGUGUUACUUGGACGGAGGAUAAUCGAGUUUCUCUUGGGCCAAAUUACAAUGAUCGAGCAAGGAAACGAAGAGUCGAGAAAGGAAGUGAUAAUCCAUAUCAAAAAGCGGCCGAAGGAACUUCAUUAGAUAAACCGUUGAAUCAGAAAAACAAAGGAUUCAAAAUGCUGGAGAAACUCGGAUGGUCAAAGGGCCAAGGAAUCGGCAAAGAAAUGGCCGGAGACACUGAACCUUUGCCACUAAUUUCAACGACAGGACGAACUGGCCUAGGAUUCGGUCAAUCUUAGCAUUCUCACCAUCUACAUUUACUUGUAUAAAAAAGCUUAAUUGUCCAAUAGAUUGUAAAUUGUAAACAUUGUACAUUUUUAUAGUUAAUCAAUUUUGUUUUAUUUAACUUUUUGUUUUCUUGUUCACAUCGAUCAAUUUGACCUCAAUCAAUAGACUUAUUGAUAAAAUCAAUCAAUUAGUAAUUGGUAAUAGAAGGGAUGAAGAAAAUUUCUUUGCAAUUAUCAUUUCACCUUCGAACCUUAAUUGUAAUCAUCUUCAUUAUCAGAUCAACUUGAGAUGUUAUUAUCUUUCUUCCUCAUCCUCAUCAUCACUAAUCUUAUAACAGAAAACAACAUGACCUGAAUUAAUAUCCUCUUGGACAAAGAUGGAAAUCUUAAUGAUUGUUCAUUGAUUGUCAAUAUUUUUAUCUCAAUUUAUUUACUGAUCGACAAAUAUUGAUGUUAUUACGAGAAAAACCUCUUGAGAGAAAAGAUAUCAUCAAUUAAAUUAAAUAAAUCAAUCAAAAGGAAUGAGGAAUUAAUUAA